GAGGAGAGAGCAGGCUGUGCGCGCAUGUCGCUUCCUCGCACUGAUGUGUGACCGCAGCAGGAGCCGCUGUGGGCUGAAGUGGCCCCCGGGGCCCCGCACUGUCCCCGUGCCGGAGUCUUAGCCAGUCCAGCCGAAGGGUCGGCGGGUGCCGGCUUCCUUUUCGGACGCGCAGUUUUGUCGGACCACUAUGAAGGAAAACGUCCCUGCGCGCCACGGCGGUGAAAAGCGAUGGAUCACUUUCUGCGCCGAAAGCGGGGCGGCUUGCUGAAGUCCCUGCUGAGUCUGUGCCUGGUGUUCGCGUCUCUCCUGAUGCUCCACAAGCUGAAAGUGUCUGAGAAAGACGCUUUUUCCUACAAGAAGAGGGUGGUGAAACCCGCUCCGUGGAGCUCGGAGUCCCCGGUGCCAAACGCGUCCUAUAACGGGACUCCGGCCUCCUGGGACGCGCAGACGCUCAACUGCAGCGAAAAUGCGUCCAUAAGGAGCCAGGACUGGUUCAAGCGCCUGGACCCCAGAUUUCACCAGUUUGUCCUGCACAGACACUGCAGAUACUUCCCCAUGCUCAUCAACCACCCGGAGAAGUGCGCGGACGGAGACGUGCAUCUGCUGGUGGUCAUCAAGUCCGUGAUCGAGCAGCACGACCGGCGCGACGCCGUGCGUAAAACCUGGGGACGGGAGCGCACCACGGUGGACGGGAAGAACAUCCGAACCCUGUUUCUCCUGGGGACUCCCACCACUGGAAAAGACACCAAAAACCUCCAGAAACUGAUCGAGUUCGAGGACCAGAUCUACAAGGACAUCCUGCAGUGGGACUUCAUGGACACCUUCUUCAACCUGACCCUGAAGGAGGUUAAUUUUCUCAAAUGGUUCAACAUCUACUGCCCCAAUGUGAAGUUUAUAUUCAAGGGAGACGACGACGUGUUUGUGAACACGCAUAAUCUGCUGGAGCUCAUCAGCUUCAAGGUGGAGGAGCGCAAAGAGGCCGACCUGUUCGUCGGGGACACCAUCUCCAAGGCGAUCCCCAUCAGGAACCGGCAGAGCAAGUACUACAUCCCCAAGGAGCUGCACGACCAGCCGUACCCGCCCUACGUGGGGGGAGGCGGGUUCCUCAUGUCCUCCCAGCUCGCCAGGAGGCUCUUCGCGGCCUCGGGGGAGUUUGAGUUGUACCCCAUCGACGACGUGUUUCUGGGGAUGUGCCUGAAGAAGCUGAACGUGGCCCCGGAGAUGCACCCGGGCUUCAGGACAUUCGGCAUCACCAGACGCAAGCUGAGCCCCAUGAACAGGGAGCCGUGCUUUUACAGACACCUCAUCGUGGUGCACAAGCUGAGCGCGCAGGAGCUGCUGCGCAUGUGGAGCGUCGUGCACAACAAGGAGCUGGUGUGCGCACGGAGGAGCUCCAUGUGAUGGACCACAUAUUUAUCACCAAAAACCUGAACUCAUAACUGAUCAAACUAUUCGUCCGAUCUCAUCAGUGUUUUUUUUAUAGAUAUAGUUUGAUUUUUAAAUGACUGAUCUACUGUAAGAAAAAAUGCAGCACAUUUGAAUCGUCUGUAAUAUGGAAGUAUAGGCUAUUAGGGCCAGGCAGGAGAAAAAUAAAAGUAAUAUUUUAGAGGAGGAAGAUUUUUUUUUUCAUUAUGCACUUCGAGAAUAAAGUCGAAAUGUCGAGAUAA